AUGAUUCGUUCUUCUUCUUCAUCCUCUUGUUCUCAUUCAUAUCUGAAAAAUGGCAAGGCUCAUCACCACCUUGCCAUUAUCAGUCUCUUACUGAUCAUCACUACAAAUCUUCUUUUAACUUAUGUGAAUGCCCAAGCUCUCAUCACUCUCACAACCAAUCAAGCAACAAAUGGUACUGUGCAAGGGAAUGCCAUUCAAUACUAUUACAUUACCAAUAUUCCUGAUUUAGCUUCCCCAAAUUCUUCCUUGUCAUUUAUUGUGACACCAAUCUCAGGAGAUGCUGAUUUAUACAUUUCCACAUCAAGACUUCCAGAUAUUAAUGAUCCAACCUCAUAUCUAUGGUCAUCCACAGUACAAAGUGGAACAGAUACUGUGACCAUUAACAAGCAGAGUGCAGGAUAUAAAGUUGGUGGGCCUUAUUACAUUGCGGUUCAUGGAUAUCAAAAACCAGCAUUAUUUUCAAUUUUGGUGUUAAAUUCAGACCUUCCAACAUUUAUAUCGGAAAGUUUACCUCAGAAUGUAUUUGUAGAGCCCAACCAAUUUCUAUAUUUCACCUAUGUGGCAUCUUCUGCUGGUUAUUUCUCAAUUUCAGUGAAUGCUCUUUUUGGAGAUCCAAAUCUCUAUGUGAGUACCACUAAUACAAAACCAGGACCAAACAAUGCUCAAUGGAAAAAAGAAGCCAUUGGAGAUGAUUAUAUAUUCAUCAAUGCUCCUUCACCAACAACCUAUUAUAUUGCUGUCACUGGAAGAGGAAAUGAACGAACUCAAUUCAAUUUACAAAUUUCUUCAAUUUCCACACAAGGAUUGGUUGCAGAUGGUUUACGUGUGUAUGACAAAAUUCCAUCCUCUGGAAAGACCUACUUUAAAUUCUUUGUAGCAACAUAUGUAGAUACUAUUCAAUUUACAUGUAAUAAGCUUUCUUUCUUUGGUGAUCCAGAUAUUUACAUUUCAAAAACAAAUGAAUAUCCAAGCAAGACAUCCUUUGAUUGGAAAGAGGAGGGUUCUGGAACGAGUACAAUCACUGUUUCCGAUUCAUCACAAUUAUUGAGUGGAUGGUUCUACAUUGGAAUUGAAGAUGAUUCAUUUUUCGAUGUUGAAUACUUUUUGUUAAUUACCACCACUUAUUCCAAUGCCAGACUCUCCAAUGGAAUUCCAAUCACAAAGGGUCUAAUUGCCAAUAAGGUCGAUUAUUACAUGUUUUAUGUAGAGGCCAAUACACAGGGAGGAAAAACCGAAUUGGAUGUCAUUGUAACUCCUCGUUCCGGAGAAGAAUUGGUUGUCUACGGAAGUAGAACAUUUAGAAAUCCAAGUGAGACUUCUCAUGAUCUUGUCGGAGCACUUGUUGGUGGUUCUAUUGUUCUUCACAAGGAUGAUUCUCCAGCUGGACCUUACUACAUUUCAGUGACUUCACUCAGUAAUACCAACUACACCAUUACAGCGACCACUAAAAACAGUUACACUGAAUUGUUGGAUGCUGUCGAAUAUUCAUCCACAGUUGGAAGCAAAAAACAAAAAGUAUUCGUUUUCCCAAUUGCCAACAAUGAUGUCGCUGUUGGUAUUUCUCUUACUUCCAUGUCAGGAGAUGCAGACAUGUAUGUCUCCAUUAGUGAGGAUGUCUCUAAAAGUAAUUAUGAUUGGCAUUCCAUGUCAACUUCAAGAUCUGAAUUUAUUCACAUUCCUGCAAAUGCUGCUCAAAGACAUUCUUCUAAAUUUACUGGCAGAUUAUUUAUUGCUAUUUAUGGAUACACUUCUGCUACAUUUUCUAUUGUUGCUUACAGUCAAGGAAAUACCAUUGAACUUGAAAGUGGAGUUCCUGUUUCUGGUCUGCUAGACAAUAGUGGAGAUACACAAUAUUACAAAUAUUAUCAGUCGAAUCGGGGUUCACUCACUUUUAAUCUUCAACCUGGUUAUGAUUCACAUGAUCCAGACAUUUAUGUAUCACGUACAAAUCCAAAACCUGGACCUCAAGACUAUGAUUAUCAUGGAAUAACUUUGGGAGAUGAUGUGAUUACCAUUACCAAUGCACAACCUGGAAAUUACUUUAUUGGAGUUUUCACAUUCUAUCCAAACACAUCGUAUACUCUAGUGGUCUCUUCCAAUUACAUGAAUUUGGGUUCAUAUGGUGUUCCUCUUUUAGACACAGUUCCAAAAGGACAAUUCAGAUAUUACUACACUUCUGUUGCCCCAGGUGACUAUGGAGUGGUGGGAGGAGUGACUCUUAUUGAAGGCAAUACUCGACUCUAUGUGAGUAAUAGUACGAUUCAUCCCUCUGACUCUUCCUAUACCUACAUCGAUACCAAAUAUCCUGGUAACUUUAUUUUAAUGACCCCUGAGAGUGCAAAUGCUGGUGAAUGGGUCUAUGGAGUGUAUGGAGUUGAGGAUUCAACGUACUUUAUUCACUCUUCCUAUAUGGCUUAUCAGGCUGAACUCAAAUUAGGACUUCCGACCAUUGGAGAGUCUACCUGUUGUGGUGAGAGAGGAUCACUCUUCCUCUAUCAAACUCCAUUCACAGCAAAUAAGGAUUAUUUUGUGUAUGUGAAUUCACUGACAGGAGACCGAGCAUUUACUGCUGUAUAUAUUGAUCAAGAUCAUACCUAUCCGAAUGCAACCAAUUACAAAUGGUCUGCUCAAGGAAAUGAGGAUUUGUUUGUCAAAUUGAAUGCCAAUGAUCUCGUGAGAACCAAGCCACUCUAUAUUAAUGUCUUUUCUUACAGAGGAUUAGCAAGAUAUCAUGUGACUGUAGAACAAUCGGGUGCUCCUAUUUUCUUAACCUCUGAUUCACCCAACAAAGUGUUUGCCUAUCCAGAUCAACAAGAUUUCUUCCGAGUAUUUAGUGUGAAAAAUUCUGCAGGAUUAACUGCUGUGUUAGAGAGUUGUACCGACAAUGCUGCCAUGCCCUUCUAUGUUUCAAAUAUGAACUCACAACCAAAUCCAACGAAUAAUUCCUAUGUUUCUGUUGCUCAUGGACCUUUCUCACAAUUGGUCACCACUAACAGGUCUGAAACAUCUACUUUUUAUUAUAUUGGAACUUCUAAAUUAUCCACCAGUAAUAUUUACACAAUUUAUGCCACAACUGGAUCUGAUAAAAGACCAAAACCAAAGAAUAAUGGAAUUCUCACAGAAGGUCCUCUCAUUAGUAUUUCCUCAAAGCGACUUCUUGUUCCAACCAUUCAAGAUGAUGAUGAUACAACUACUAGUUACAUGUAUUUUGUUUACAAACGUGUUCUUUCUGCCAAAGAGGAUCCUGCUCAAGUGAACAUGCAAACCAUUUGUGCCAUUACGAAUGGAGAGGCCACUCUUAUUGGUCAAAUAAUCUUACCUCCUGAUCGUCCUGAAAUUCUUUUCUAUGAUGUUCCUGUUCGCUCCUCUGAAAGAUACAUUAUUAAUGUGAUUGCUGUGAAUCAAUGGAAUGGAUUAUCCACUGCUUACCAACCACUCUAUUUUGGAAUUGAUCAUACGAAUAACUUGAUUGAUGGACAAUCAUUGAUCGCCUUUACCAAUCAAAGUAUUCCAUGUGCACAAUUUACAUUUGCAUCUGAACCACUUGGACAGGGAGUUACUUUGUCCUUUAUUGUGACUCCUUUCUCAGGCGAUGUGGAUUUAUAUAUUGCACAGAGUUACCCUGCCUCUCCAAAUAAUUUUGCAAUGAAGAGUAGUAAUCAUGGAUUUGAUAUCAUUUCCUUCUCAAGACAGGAUUCGAAAUACUUUGAUGGACCAUACUAUGUGGGUGUUUGUGGUGUGAAUAAUAACGACUUGACUGAGUUCAGCAUUUUGGCCGUCAAAUCUGGAACUUCUAUCAAGCUUAAGGAUGGACAACCUCAACUUGUUUCGACUAAGGCUCUCGAAUCUUCGUACUUUACUUAUCAACUUGAUGGAAAUAAUGAUUUCACAGUAACUGUAUCUCCAAUUAGUGGUGAUCCAGAUGCAUACAUGAGUACUGAUACGCAACCUACAAGUUUUAAUCACAUGUGGGGAAGUGAUACGAGCUCAGUGGAAGUCAUCAAAGCUAAAACCACAGAUAGUGGUUUCAAACCAAGCUCCACUUACUAUAUUAACACUUUAGCAUUUGGAAGUGAUGCACUCUAUUCCAUUAUUGCCACAAGAAAUGACUCUAUUUCUACCAUAAUGCAUGGAGUAUCGUUGGGUGGACGUGUGCAAGUUGCUGAAUCUGCCUAUUACAAAUUCAAAUUGACUCAUCAAAGCUCAGUGACGAUUACUGUGAACCCUUUGAAUGCUGUUGGUGAUCCUGAUAUUUUCGUAUCCACCGAUGACAACAAUUUAUAUCCAGGUCUAAGUAAUUACAACUUUGCUGCUCGUUCCAAGAGUGUGGACUCUCUUGUGAUCAAACCUACAGAUGCAGGCUGGAGAAUUGGUUGGUAUUAUAUCGCAGUGAGAGGUUAUGGAUCAGAGACAGAAUUUGAAUUAACGGUCAUGUCCUCUGAUGAAGUAACCAUUCUUGAAGAUGGUAUUCCAAUUCAACUUACAAGCAGUAUUGGAGAUUGGAACUAUUUUGGAUUCUUUUAUGGAUUUUCUGCUAAUCACUUAAUUUUCAGCGCAAAGACAAACAAUGGUUUGAGAGCUGAAUUGUUUUGCAGUCAAACAAAUUCUCAUCCCGAUCGAAACAAGUACGAUUUUAUUGGUGAGAAUACAGGAAGUGAAAUUUUAGCCACUAUUCCAGCCUCAUCCAAGAUUGGUUGGUAUUAUUGUGCUGUUCACACUCUUGCUUCAGGUACUUUCUCCAUGACUGCUUUUACCAAUCAACGUCCAAGAAUACUUUUAGAUUCAACAAUGAAUACCAAUAACUAUGUGAGAGUGAAUUACUAUGUGUACUUUGUUUACACCUUACCACCUUAUAGUAAUUUAACAGAUGUAAAUAUCGUCGCUUACAUGAAUUAUGGAGAUGCAGACAUUUAUGUGAGUAAGAAUAAUUCCAAACCUACCAUCAAUAAUUAUGAUUGGCGUUCCUUCUCUCUGGAUGUUGAAAAUUUAGUCAUUCCAAAAGAACAAAUUGGACCCAAUGUCAGAGAAUUAUAUAUUGGAGUUCAUGGUUUUUCCAAUGCUCUUUUCGAUUUGAUUGUUUAUGGAAUGGAUCGUGUUUUGGAACUCACUGAAAACAGUCCCAUUGUUGGAGUUGCUGAAAUGGGAACCUAUAAGAGAUACAAAUUUAAUCUUGAAAAUCAAGGAAAGUUGAAAUUGGAUCUGUCUGUAUUAUCCGCCUAUCCAUCAGAUGCUGAUCUGUAUGUGAGUAUGGAACCUUAUCCAUCGAAAGAACAUCACACAUGGCAUUCUAAAAACUUUGGUGACGAUACGAUUGAAAUUGAUGGAGCCAUUCCUGGCACGUAUUACAUUUCUGUGUAUGCCUCACCCGUGACUCAAACCAAAUUCUCUCUUACUGUUUCAACACUCUACUCGUAUGUGUACGAUGGAGGACAAAUUAUGGACACUGUUAAUACCAAUGCUGUUCGUCACUACAAGAUCUUGGUUCCAGCUGAGGCCGAACAAGUCGUGAUUGCAACGACCAAUCUCAAUGGACAAACGCAAAUGUAUUUGAAUACCAAUGAUACAUUCCCAAAUUCACAGAGUUACAUGCUCUCUUCUGAUACUCAACGACGAGGAAAUGGUAUUCUAGUGACAAAAGUUGGAAAUCCAGAUGUUUUUGCAACUGGAGUCUGGUCAUUGGCUAUUUAUGGAGUUGUACCUUCAUCGUUUUAUUUAUCAUUCCAAACCAUGAGAGGUGUAUUGAGAUCAGGAGUUCCUCGUAGCGGUUUGACGACACCAUUAGUGACCUCUCGAUAUACUCUUGCUCUUCGAAGUACUCCUGCUACUGGAAUGCUCAUUAGAACUCGUGUCUACAACAUAGUGGAUGAUUGUAUUAAGGUGACUGCCUAUCAAAAUUCGAGUUAUUCAAUCUCAGGAAAAUCUAAUCCAAAGUAUGCAAAUAGUGUCACGUUGAAUUUCCAAAAUAUGGCAGCAGGACAAAAUUUAUUUAUUGAAGUCGUUGCAUGUACAGAUCGAGUGGUUCAAUAUGAACUUGUAGUGACAGCCAAAGAUCAACCCAUUUAUUUAAUUCAAGACUCUUACUCAGUCUAUUCUGUUGGGGCCAAUGAGUUUGAAUUGUACAGCCCAAAGACAGGUCAAGCACUAUUGGCUCAAUUUGAUGCAUGUGAUGAAACAAGUCUUAGAGAUACCGUAUCUAUCUAUGCCGCCAAAGGUAGAAUGCCCUCCAAUCAAGAUUUUGAUAAUGUUCUUCUUCCAAACAACAGAUAUUCUUUGAAAUGGAACCAAUCAUCAAUUUCAACUGAUUCCAUCUACUAUUUCAAGAUAAUGGGAGAUUCAAUGCCUUCCUAUUAUUCUGUAUUUGCAUCUACCAAUCGAAAUGAUCCAAGACCACCAGCAGUACCUUACAAAGUGACACGUGUUUCUGAAAGUUUUGAUGAUAAGGUUCCUUCGAUUUACAACGUUGAACUGCAAACAUCUUUACCUGCAAAUACUUUUUACAAAUUUGUGGGUUAUGCUUUGAGUGAUCAAUUAUCAGGAAUGUCAGAUCAAGAUAUCUUUACUAAUUUGAAUUUCCAUACAUUGUGUGCCAUUCAUUCUAAAUCUAAUUUACAAAUUCUUGCAGAAGGAGAUAGUACUUCAAAAGUACCACUCUCAAUUAAUGUUUAUGGUGAUAAGGAUUAUAUUGUAAAUCUCAUUUUACGCUCUGAUAAGGAUGGACAACUUCAACAAGUAUCCACACCAUUUAUUAUUAGAAAAUCACGAGAAAGUGCAAUUAGUCCUGGUGGAAUUAUUUUAAUUAUUUUACUCAUUUUAGUGGUAUUAUAUCUUGGUAUUGGAUCAAUUGUUAAACUUGUCAAGUAUAAGGCAAGAGGUAUUGAUAUUAUUCCAAAUAUUGGUUUCUGGAAAGAAGUCUUUUCAUUGUUCUGGGAUGGAGUUCAAUUUGUAUUCUUGUGUGAACUCUUUAGAAGACCUCGUCGUAGCAGUAGUGGUGAAGUGUAUGAUGUGAUGGAUGAUGAACCCAUUGUUGGAGAAGAGAAUUCCAUUAACAAUCCAGAAGCAUACAGAGAUCAAGGCGAGGAAGAAGAGAUUGUUGAAGAAAUUAAUCCAUUUGCACAACAACGAUCCUCACUUCCAUCCAACUCACAACAAGGAUAUACCAGUAUUAUUUAA